AGGCAUUUCCACACAGUUUUGGAAGUCGUGCUAAAGCUGAGUGCCGACAUCAUCAAGCCAGAUCCAAACUAUAAUGAUGAUGUUCCCGAAUAUAUAUUAAAUAACCCUCGGUAUCAUCCAAUGUUCAAUGAUUACAUUGGUGCUAUAGAUGUGACACACGUUAGGGCAUCAGUUCCACAAAAAGGAAGCGAAGUGCAUUGGUCGAAAGGGAUAUGCAACACAAUAUAUAAUGGUUGUUUGUGAUUUUAACAUGUGUUUUACAUUUGUAUGGGCCGGUUGAGAGGGGACUGCACAUGACACAAAAAUUUUCAAUGAAAACCUUACAGAGACCAGAUCUUAAUUUUCCAUAUCCAAUGGGUGAUAAAUAUUACGUUGUUGAUGUCGGAUAUCCAAAUACCAUAGGGUUGACGUUAUUAAGAGAUAUGCAUGUUAACUACAAGUACAAGAAUCAAGUAAGAAUUGUGAUAGCAUCGAUGGUGAUCCAUAACUAUAUUAGAAAGGUUGGUAGGUUUGAUGAAACGUUUAAUAGGGCACAACAAGAAUCCUACAAUCACAUACGAGGUGGUACUAGUAGUGAAGUUUACGAAGAAUGUCCAAGUACACGUCGCAUGAGUGAUGAUGAUUCGUAUAUGGCAGCGAUACGAGAUAUUAUUGCACAAGAUAUAAUCACAUUGUUGGGAUGA